CUCGUCAUUUCCCAGGGGAUGCGACACUGCUGGAGCGGCCGCGCGGCUUUUCGUCUGUCCGACACAGAGAGGCAAGGACCCCGAUGGGCGCAUGCAAGCGAGCAGGCGCCCACACCGACCUAAUUGAGGCAUCGCGGCCAGGGCGGAGCUAAAGAGCAACCAUGAAAGACAGCGGGAAAGUGGACAGAGACGUGCCAACCUUCCCGCCAGAAAGGCGUGGAUAUCUACGGGAAUCGAGCUUCACACAGCGGCAGCCGUCAAUGCAGUCGGAAGCGGUCCCUUCCCUGCGCCCAGUGGCUGGACAAUUUAAACACAAGAGGACGAGAGAAUGAGCGGCAUCGAACGCAAAAUGAAAGGGCAUCGAAUUACAGACUGCGGCAGCCGUCCCUGCAGUCGGAAGCGGUCACUUCCCUGCGCCAAGUGGCUGGGCAAUGCAAAAUCUGGUAGUGUGUCGACGCUGGCAGCAAGACCAGGAGGACGAGAGAAUGAGGCUUAAGAACAGUGCCAAGGAUGAGGUGGGGCAGGAGGAGGAGGAGGAGGAGGAGAGGGUACAAUGCCCAACAGCAAGUGCUAUCCCAAACCAGCAGCGGCCGCUGUUGGGCGGGCGGCCUUCUGUUUCAAAUGGACACAGGCCGCGGCGGCGCGGGCAGCGAGUCCUGUUCAACACGAACAGGAACUGCUGUUGGGCAUCGCACCAAUUCUUUCCGUACGCAUGUCGGGCCUCCAGAGUCAAAAUGUGCCCGAACCAGACGGACCCACCGCUGCCUGCGGCCGCCGCGGCAAGAGGCGGGCCAGGCAGGGCUUGCACGCCAUGCGUGCGCGCGGUGCCUGCGUACACUCAAAUCGGGCGUGUCUCCCUACAGGGGGGAUUUCCGGCGAAAAAUUAAAGAACUCUCCAUACUGGUCAACGAAUGUUUCA